UAUAAUAUUAUAUCGGCUCAAAUAGAGGAUAAAGAAGAGCCGAACUUUUAAGCACGAAGAGCUUUAUAUUUAAUUAGUGACAAAUACAUUUCCCAGAAGAAAAAGAAGAGAAGUGAGAAGAGAACAGCGUACAUAAUAAUAGAAGGAGAAGUCACCGCCUGCUUAGAUUUUUGUUCCAUUAAAAGCAAAGAAAAACAGCGCUACAAAAUGAAGAUGUUGCUGGUUGCCGUCCUGGCCGGGAUUGUUUGCUCUUCAGUUGCGGACCAGAAGCCGGUGAUUCCGGCCCAUUUCCGGAUCAUCGAGGACAACAGAAUUUAUCCCGAAAAUGGGAUUUUCAGUUUUGAUUUUAAGACGGAGAACGGCAUCGUGAGAGAGGAAGCCGGCAACGAGCAUCUCGUGCGCACCGGCAUCAUCAGCUACCCGAUGCCCAACGGGGAGACGUUCUUCCUCAAGUUCGUGGCCGACGCCACGGGGUACAAAGUCGAGUCCCCCUUCCUGCCCCAAGUGCCAGCUUUUCCCCACCCAAUCCCCCCGCACUCGCUCAGGCAAAUCGAGCGAGCUGAGCGAGAGCGAGCUGAGGCCGCUAGGCGUCGAGCUGAGCAGAGCGGUGAAUAUAGGAACUGAAUAUAGCGCUGUAAUUAGGACAUGAAAUACGAUGCAGCGUAUUGAAAUAUAUGAAGAAGAGUAGAGAGAUAUAGGAGAGAUAGAAUGGGUUUAGGGAGGAAAUAGCAAAUAGGAAUAUAUAGGAUAUAUAUUGCGAGAGAUAGGAUAUCCAGUAGCUAGGGAGAAACUAUGGAACUAUCGCUAUAUAGGGGAAUAUAUAGGAUAUCUAUCGGAGAGAUAUAUAGCUAGGGAAGGAGUAGGAGAUGAUGGAUGAAGAAAUAAGGAGAUGAGAUAGAGAUAGGUGGAUGAAGGAUAUUUUUAGAUCUGCGCAUCUGUUAUAAUUGUGGGAGGAACUAAGCCUGUUUAAUUGCAGUGAAUGUUCAGUGGUUGUGAGCUGAACGAAAGUUUAUUUGAUUAUAAAUAUUGAAAAUAAGUUUAUUAUCAAGCUGUUUCCUGGAAACGUUCUUUCAAAAAUUUGAAUUAAAAGACAAUCAAUUUUAAUUUACUGCUAUUGUAAAAUAUCCCUUACGACGAAGAUUUUUCAAAGAAUUGUAUGGCAAUUUUAGGAUGUUAGAAUAUGUGUGGAAAUUUGUUACAUUUUUGUCAAAUGUUUCUGUUUUAGGAUAAAAAUUGCGUAUUGAGCUGGUGAGCUUCUUUACAUAAUAAAUAAUCUCUAUAAAAUU